GUUAUCUUGUAAAUGUAAACUGGGUGACUUUCCAAAUCAUUGCUCAAGACAACGCAAACAUAUAUUUCGGUAAGCCUUUAAAUUAUAGAUAAUGUUAAUUCCAAAGAACAGUGCAGUGUACUAAAAUGGAAAAGGCUGUGGUGUAAACAAUUGUAAUGAAAAUUGAUUGAUUUUGUCACAGGGAUAGAAAACAUCCCCAGGAAACAUGUCAGUGGAAAUGUAUCCCGUGGAGUCCUGUCCUGGGGACGGCGACUCGUGGCAGAAGGCUGGAAUCACAUUGAACUGUUCAAAAGACAUCAUUGGCAGGAACCUUUACCAAUGUGCCCCUAAUGAAGAUAAGACAGACUUGGUCGAGUUCUGCUUGAAGGGAUCCAUCGGGAGAUUUGAAGAAGGUUUAUGCGUGUACGCCUAUCCUAGUGGGCACCUAGGUGUGAAGAACUGCACGACGUUUGUGACCGGAUGUCCUGAAACGUCCUACAACAACGAUGAAAUCUACAACUACCCAGCAUGCUUAGAAAUAAAUCGUGAAGCAGGUUGCUACUUAGCAGAUCUCACGUGCCUUCCUACUGACAGGACAGCAGUGACACUCAACAGAAAUUCUGUGUCGUAUAAGGAUGGAUUGGGGAAUGUGACAUUAGCCACCACAAACUUCACAAAUCCUAAGACUUCAAAUCCACAGGACUCUGUCAAUGUGACGACCGCGGUCGUGUCCUCGCUGUUGGCCACCAUAGUUGUGAUUGGAAUAAUUCUGUUUUUCUGGUGUAGAAGAAGGAUGCGGAGGACACCAGAGCAUAUUGACGAUAUGAUUGGAUUCCUACCAGACAAUCAGAAAGCCUUUCUGUACUCUUUGUUGUGUUAUGACGACAACAAAAUGAGCUGGAGCGACAGUGAGUUAUGGUUGAAAACACUUGACACUAUCCGAAAAGAACUCUUUGAUGCCAAAAAUGUGCUUAUAGCACACAUAUAUCAUGAUAUUGAUGAACUGAUGAAAAAGAACUUAAUACAAAAUAACGAUCAAUAUCUAGAAAUUGUAUCUAAAAAUUACGCUGAGGAUACCAUGUACCAGCUCCAGAAUAGCACACGCUCAAAAUUCCCUAAUGACAGUUACAUGUUGACUUUGUUGUGUAUGACCAAAGUGGGGGAGUACUGCAGGCCCGGGUAUAGAGAAUCAAAACAUGUUUAUUGUGGUGAUGGUCUAUACCCCUCCCUGGUGUACCGAUUACAGAUGGACAUCCUCAUUUACCAAACAAUAGAGCACGAGGACGUACAGCGCACAGCGUCCUGGAUAUUAAACAUAUCAACGGAAAAACUCAAAUCAGAGACAGCAAGAGAACGUAUAUACAACGAUCUACUUCGUGAUAAAGAAAAAGGAGAUACAAAGAAACUGGGAGCAGCGAGUUGGACCAGGAUGACCAGAGAGGGGAAAGGUUUCAAGGGACCUGAGACUGUGUACGAGCUGAUACCUCAGUGUGCCAGGUCCACCAUUGGACAACACGACCACAACGACAUCUUUAUGAUGGCAGGGAAAAUGUAUGCUGUGAAAGAUGAUUUGCCUACUUUUAAUGGGAAGUUUGAGGAUCUAUUCGUUAUUCUCCUAUCCGAUAAAUUCAGGGUUCCCUUUGACGAACGAUACAUUUUUGACGGUAUAACUGAGAAAUCAGGAGAUGCAGUCCGCUUUAUCUCCGACGAGAUUAGACGACACGUCAUGUACUCCUAUGUGGUGAGGAAACUGCUGACUGAUGAUGACAUGGAGAACUUUAUCAAAGUCGCUUCGGUAGACUGUCUGGUGGAGUACGGACGUCUUUGGCGUUAUACGAAGGAGGAGACAACAGAGCCAUGUUUGUUCAUUCCUGAGGACAUGGAGAAUCUCUACUUGGAGAAACUUGGAUAUGCUGCAACAAAGCACGCGUUGUUUGAUGAUGAACUUCUAAAGAAUACAACAUGGAAGAAAAUCUCAGAAAUUAACGAUAUUCCCUUUGACCUGUGUAUACAGAGCAAGAACUUCCGGAACCGGUUUGUGGAGUACGUGCGUAAUGAACGAGGGGAACUGGGAGGCGAAGUGCAAUCCUUGAAGUAUAUGUAUUCAGCAUUUCUCUUCCACAACAUGGAUAUGUCUGAAGAAAACAUUAAUUCAAUUCGAAAUUCAGAUAUAUCGACGUGGCCAGUUCUUCUGGGAAUUCUGAUGUCGGACGGAUACAAGAUAAAGAAUGACAUUGCAACAACACCCAUGGUCAAAGGACGUUUUCUAAAUAUCAGCGCUGAUCAGUACAAUAAAGCGUUGGAAGAAAUCAAAUCAAAGAGGAACAUUGUUGAAAUCAAUGAAGAACACGUUACAUUUGCCUCACCUGGAAUAAAGCACGCAGUGAUGUGUAGUUUCGUUGAAUCCUGCCUGAAGUCGGACGAGGACCUUGAAAGUUAUAUAGAGGAGUCUUCAACUGAUUCCUUAAUGGAAUAUUACCGACUCUGGAGUUACAAGCGGGAUGAGAAGGAAGCAUGCCUGUUCAUUCCCGAAAAAUUCAGGGAGAAAUAUAUCAAACGUUUAAAUCAAAACGUCAUCAUCCACGUGAUGGUGGAGAACAGAGCCGACAGUGAUGGGAAAAGGCGUACUACAAAAACAAGGAAGUACAUAUCGGAGCUUUUAAACAUUCCAUUGGAAGUGUUGUCUUGGGACAUUGGUGGAAGAAGAAGAUAUUUAGAGACUAUCAAAAUGGGAAAGAAGAAAAUGUACCGCGCUAGAGGUAUGCUUGUUGGGUGCACUGGCGCGGGAAAGACAACUCUUCUUCAGAGGCUUCAGAGUAGACAUACGACACAGACUACAGAGACAACCAAAGGCCUGGAGAUCCAUGAAAAUUUGUUUGAAAUUGUAUCUGACACAUUAAAAGAUCACCAAAAAAAGUCAGCAGGGCUCCACAGUGACAAACAGCUGUUAAGCAUGACAGAUUUUGCUGGACAAGCAGCGUAUUACGCCUGUCAUCAGGUUUACCUGUCAAGAAGAGCGUUUUAUCUACUAGUUGUUGACAUGUCUAAAAAGCUGACCAAAGAAGCCCACAAGGAUAACAAGGACCGUCACAACCCAAUAGGGUCGUUAUUUCACCACUGGACCUAUAAAGAUUAUUUCACGUUUUGGCUCCAGUGUAUACAAACGUACUGUGAAGAUGGAGACAGGCCUAAUGUUGGUCACGACACGGACACAGUGGAUAGACGAAAUGUUGGCAAAAACAAUGACACAGUGGAUAGACGAAACCCAGUGAUUCUUAUUGCGUCACAUAAAGACAAAGCCAAACCGAAAAAAAAUGCUACAAAAUUAGCAUUCUUCGAAAAAUUAAAAAGUUGUAUACUACAACAAGCUUUGAAAAACCUUCUGUCACCUGAUAAAUACUAUGAAAUUGAAUGUCCUCAAGGUUGGUUAACUAAGAAACGAGAAGAAAUGAUUGAGGAAGUCAAAAAAUGUGUUGUUAAAACUGUCCAAAAAAUGCCGCAUUGGGGAGAAGAAAUACCUCUAUCAUGGGUGGAUUUUGAAGACACUCUCAAACAGAAGAAAGCCGAAAGAGUUUGGAAGACAUCGACAUUGCAGGACAUGGGAAAAUUACAAUCUAUGAAAGAGCUAGAGAUCGGUGACAUGCUUCGAUUUUUCCAUGAAAUUGGACAAAUUAUCUAUUUUCCAGAUGAGAAAUUGAGGGAUGUGAUCAUAAUUGAUGUUCAAUGGUUCGUUGAUGGAUUUAAAAACAUCAUCGCAGAUGAAAACCAUCUUGCACGAGAGAUUAAAGACUGUGAUGAAAAGAUAGAAAGAGGAAUAAUUGCAGUGUCAACUUUAGAAAAUAUAUGGGAGAAAGCAGAGGACGAAUCUUACAAAAAACAUAUGCAUGAAAUUGUUCCAUACAUGGAAAAACUAGGUUUAAUGGUGGAGAUCAAAACAAGCAAAGAAUUUUACCUCCCAAGUAUGAAUAGAAUAGACACUUUCCCUGUUGAUCUAAAGACGAUUAAUGAUGGGCAAAAAACGUCAAUUCUCAUAUUCCAUUUCAAAACGUACUUACCACAUUUCUUCUUCUUUCGUUUGGUGGUACAUUGCUUUAAGGAAUGGGAUGCUCUCAAAGAGGAUAUGUUUAGCAAAAAUGCAGCCUUUUACAAGGAAAGGGAUCACUCCAUUGCCAUUGCCGUAAACAAAACAUCGAUCCAAUUGCAAGUGUUCACAGAAAGUAAGCAGAUGGACCUCCAAACCAACUGCGUUAUAGAAAUCAGGGAGAAAGUGGAACGUAUCAUUAGAGAAUUAACAGAAACUUUCCAUAAACAAGUUACGUAUGGCAUAGGAUAUUCUUGCAAAGAUAUCAAGAUUACAGAUGAAGACAAAGAUUACUUUCUUGUGGAAGAUGACAUAUUACAGAUGGGUAGAGGAAUUCCUGAUCGAAUAUGCCCUCGGCAUCCGAAAGCAGGUGAAAAACACAAGAUCAAAAUAGAUAACCUGCUCCAAUUCUGGAAUACCACAGGUGGAACAUAAGCCAUCGCGAAACAUUGCAGCAAUAACUUCAUCAUAGACAUUUUUUAAAGGAAGAAUCUGAUUUUCAAACAAUUAAAAGGAUACAGGAAUCAUAAAACUUUAUUCGUUACAACUUCAGGAAAUAUUUUGCUUUCCUUUUCCAAUCGCUAAUUCAAAUGAAUCACAAUUGUCAGUUUUCACGAAGUUGGAAAAUCUAUUUGCGGUGAGGCAGUCAAUCCCAUUGACAAACAUUUUUUUGUGUACAGCAAUCCCUCCAUUGUACUUAUGGAAUCUAUAGCAGGCUUUAUCAUAUAUGCAUUAUGUCAAAAUAUUGAUGAAUUUAACCAACAUGUAGUCAUUAUAGAUUGCAGAAGCUUUACUAAUGUUGUUCUGACAAUUUAUCAAAAGCAACAAUCUAUAUACAUGUAUAUGCUGAAGAACUUUAAAACCGCAACAUUUUUCUUUUGAAAUGUUGGUCUUGUAUUCCAUUUCAUUAACUUGAAGCAUAACGUAUUUCUGGUGUAUAAACUUUGAUAAUUAAUUUUGCAUGUCCAUCAAAUUAUACAGUCAUUCUUCUUCCAUGAGAGGAAGGGGUAAGGGUAAGCCAAAAUUCCGAUUCACUAAUACCUGACAUGUCCACCCUCUGUGUGUAUGACGGUGCGUAGGUGACAUUCCAUUGACUAGCAAUGGUCUGAAUGUUUCUUUAAGGAAUAUCUUGCCAUCUUUCUAACAACGACCUAUCUGAUUAUUCUGCAUUAUGCGGUCAAAGCUGGUGCCUGUCAACAUGUUUACCAAGCUCAUCCGAGGCAUUGAGGUAUGAUAACAUGACGAAUCAAUCAAGGACAUCGGUUGUAAUUUCUUUGAAUGGAUACCCUUUCCCGAUCUCCAAUAUGUGCACAUGCAAUGUCCUGCUGAAAAAAAAAAACAAA